ACAGGCUUCGAGACAAAAAUCGGGGCAUGGGGAGAGUGAAGAUAGGGAGGUGUGCCUGGUCGCUAGUUGUCAGCUACACCCAGCCAGUUUUUGAGACCACAGCGACCACUCUUCCAGGUUUAAAAGCUUACUAUCAUCACCUUACCCAUUACCAAACACUCCCUUAACAUGCAGUCAGCCUCACAUGAGCGUCUCUGCUUCUGGGUCUAAUUGCUGCUGUCCUUUUUCACCUCCUAAUGCCUUUUUUCUCCACUCUCAUUGGAUAUUUUACCCUUUUGACGGAUACCCAUUUGGGCUGCCAAAAAGCAAAUUUAUAUGCUAAUUCACCUAAUUAUCCCUAAACCCCACGCAUUAAGUUUUUAGUUUUCUGGGAGCAAAAGAAGCUUGUGAAAAGUUUCCAUCUUUUUGCUUAACUGAGCUAAUUGCACAAAUCUGUAAACUUGGUACCUCUUCUUUUGAAGAUUAAACCUGAUUUUGUGAAGCAGGUUUCUUUUUUUUUUUUUUUCUUAUAAAAAGUUCAUAUCCACAGUUUGUUCUGGAUUUUUCUGGUGCUAUUAAGCAAAGUUGUUCCAGUUGUUUCUACUCUUACGUAAAGAACAAUUAGGUUUCAGUGCAAAUAGCUUCAUUUUGAUUUCUGCCUGAAUCUAUGGAUCUGUAGGCUUCCAGCACCCACUCCCCCCUCUCUCUCUUCUUUUUUUUUUUCCUGAAAAUAGAGCUAGCUCUGUGGUUGGGCAUUGUUUGUUGAAGCAGAGAUGAUUCAGUUGUUAUUCUUAGUUCUCUUUGCUGAGGGAGUUGUGGCAUUCUUAUUACUGGUAAAGAUUGGUCCCUUGAGAGAGUUAGUGAUAAAGAGUUUGGAUCAGCUGAAGAUGGGAAAGGGUCCAGCUACGGUCAAGACCAUUGCUGGUACUAUGUCUGUGAUUCUCCUUUCAAGCCUUAUGAGUAUUAUUAAGAUCCAAAACAAGGGUGCAAAGCUUGGCACCAUGUCACCCAUGGAUCAGGUUCUAUGGAGAACCCACUUGCUAGAGGCAUCACUCAUGGGUUUUACACUAUUUCUUGGCUUCAUAAUUGAUCGUAUGCACCACUAUCUUUCAAAACUUAUUGAGUUGAGAAGCAGCAUUGGAUCUUCAAAAGAGGAAGUUGAAAGGCUUCAGAAAGAAAAAACGGAGCUUAAAGGGAAGGAAGAGACAGCUUCCAAGGAAAUAAAAGUACUAAAGGAACAAAUUUCUAAUCUAUCAGAGAAUUUGAAAAACCUGAAGUCGGAAAAUGAGGAGAAAGACAAGCAGAUUGAAACUGCCGAAGCCCAUGUUGUUUCCCUUCAGAAACAAUCUGCUGACCUAUUACUAGAAUAUGACCGUUUGUUAGAAGACAACCAAAAUCUUCAGGCUCAAGGUCUGGGAUACAAGAGCUGAGGAAAUUUUGAAAAAGUAAUUCGGGUUUUAUGAGGUAUUUUGUUCACUGGUGGUUUUGCAGAAAACAUCCCCAUUUCGUGGAAAUGGCCUUUAAUCGAUGCAUCUUAAUUGGGUAUAAGGCGGCAUUAGCAUGGCUUCGAUUGACCAAGAUCAGAAAUUUUGUAAUUCUUCAAUCUAGAAUCUUUGGUUCUGCCAUCUUUGUUUUCUAUUGUUCAUAGGGACUUUUCUUGCCAUUUACUUUUCUCCAGCUGAUAUGGUUAUGUAAUUUAGAUCGUUGAUGGCAUUCAUAUUUUUGAAACGGGUAAGAGAUAGUUGGAACUAUUCAUAAAUGUAUCAUGCUUCCUCUUUCUUUCUGUGCA